UUUUUUACAAGAAUGUCUAAUAUUCGGAGAGAAUUAAUGCGAGCAGUACUUAAUAGAUCAUUUACAUCAAUUGAUUAUAAUAUUUACGUUAACUUUCAUGAACAAUAUGAAUUUCGUAAACAAUUCGUUCUUGCUGAUAAUUCUCUUACAAAAGAAGAAAAAACUGAAGCAAUAAGAAUACUUAACAUAGAUUAUGACCGAGUAAAAAUUAUUUAUAAUUAUGGAACAAGGAGAGUUUGUGAAAAUUGUAACCAAAAAUGUUUAGCUACAUUAUAUUGUGAAUAUUGUGUUCGAAAUUAUUUAAAA